CUGGCUCUGAGCUCAUCGACGAGAAGCAAUAACACCACCCUUUCCUGAAUCAACCGCGACUCAGCGGCUGGUUAUCUACUCCUUCUGACAUGAGUCUCUUACAUUGCAGAUUGUGCUUAAAUACUCCAUGGAGAUCCGCCCAAUGGGCCAAUUCCAUGAAGUUGUCCCCAUAAGCAGUCUAUCUUCUCGACCGAAAAUUUGCAUCAUAUCCCUAACCUUUAUUUCAUUCAAUGUUCACUUCAACUCGUUCUGCCAAUGCAACACACCGCACAGGAUGUUCAUCAUCCACCCUUUAUUUCUUGGUGCUCUCCCUUUCUUUCCAAGCUUGUCUUGGAGGUUCUACCUCGGAGAAGAAAAAAAUCAAGACAUCAAUUCCUAUCGUAAACGAAAAGCAUCUAUAUACCAUACCUGUGGGAUUCGGAUCGCCCCCGGAGUAUCAUAACCUUGGCAUUGCCACUGGAUCUGCCAACACGUAUACCGGAAGCGUCUUAGAAUAUAAAAAGACUGAAUCAACAUAUGAUCUCCACCAGCAACUAUUCAUUCCAUACGGAUUCGGGAACGCUACUGGAAAACUCGUGACUGAUACCAUCACCCUUGGCGAGUCGGAGACUAGUGUCAAACUGACCAAUACAACGGUUGGAAAUGUUACCAAGCUUGUUGGGUUCGAAGGUUUUGAUGGCCUGCUGGGACUUGGUCUAUCUUCCGAAUCUUACCCACGUAACGAAGAAAACAUCGGACAGCUGCUGACCCCGACCGGGCUAAUGUAUGACCGUGGACUGUUGGAGAAAGUAAUGUUUGGGAUAUCAUUCAUGCCAACGCGCAAGGACCGUGAUCCCAAUGGAAUUCUCACAAUUGGUGGAGUAGAGCCCAGCAGAUUUGUUGGUGAUCUCACAUGGUACCCUUGCAGCUCUUACCGCACGUGGGAUUGGUCUGCUUCCAUUUCUUACGGUGAAAAUGAGCUAUCGGGAAAAAGUAUUAUGGGAGCGUUCGAUACGAGUUACACUAAUACGCCGGCUCUACCCAGAGACCUAUUCGAUAAAUACGUGCUUUCGAUCCCUGGAGCUCUCUGGGAUGACUCGUGGCUGUCACUAAACCCAUCCGGAUCGGUUAACAAGUACAUGCUCAAGAUACCCAGCUCCUCAGUAGCGGAGAUGGAGGAUUUAUGCUUUACCGCCAAGGACGUUCGGUGGUGCCUAUGUCCAGAGGCUCAAUUGGUACCCGACGGUUUGAUCACCGAUGGCGAGCCUGGCUAUCGAUAUGGCUACGUUAGCCCACUUCAAACGACAGUCAACCAAGAGGCCAAAUUCAUCUUGGGUAUGAAGGCAAUGGAACGCUUUUAUGUGGCCUUCGAUUUAGCGAACUACCGGGUCGGACUCGCUCAAACCGAAUGGACAAGCUCUACAUUCUAGGAUUGAUUGUUCUAAUCGGAGCAGAAAAAUCCAGCUGCCACCCAGAGGAAGGAAAAAAGUAUAACCAACUCAGGCACAACUCUAGCCAAAACAUCUCUCAACCGACCGUAUUAUAGGAAAGCCCUGCCAUGACAAUGAAAAACUCCAAGAAUGUCAGAACAAGACAAAGAACGAAUUGCAAAUAAAGAAUUUUCCUGUUUUAAUUCACCAUAGUAUAAUUAAUUAUUUUAAUCGUUGUUGUAAAUGAUAAAUAAACUUGUAAUACAUAGAAUACAUAUAUUCAAAUAAAUCUUGUGCAAAUGACAUCCAAAUUGCCCAUUAAAUACCAGAUAAAAAUAUUUUGUGUGUAUCUGCUUAAGGGUAGAUAUGAUUUCAAAAGCUGUGCUAUGUAGAUAAUAAUUCUGGGACCCUUUCCUUUCCAGUUUCUCCCUGCCUGCUCGAUUUCUCCCAUUAUUUCAUUUUCAACCUUGAGGUUGAUUGCUCAUUCUGCCCUGGUAAGUUUUGCCAACAGGGAGAUGUGAAGAUGCUUGUUGCACCUGUUGGAUAGUACAAUCUUUAGGUGGGAUCAUUAAAAAAAUAGCAAAAAAGCAGUAGCAAAGGGUCAUUUAUCAUUCUGAUACUUGCAGAAAACAA